AUGGUUUGGCCUACCUCCAACAAGCGCAACAAUCCGAUCUCGAUGCCGUUUGUGAUCUCUUUGUUGCAGAAGGGGGGCAUACACCUUGCAGAACUAGCCCUAUAUUACCAACCCUAUGGCUUGGAGAGACAGGGACACAAGAGCCGUACUAAAUCGGCUAGAAUUUGGGUCUUGACAUGGACCCGUUUUGAACAACUCGCCCAUACUCAUGGUUUCGAACGGAGGCGGGGACGGGAUGAGACUGCCAUUGCUAUCUGGGGGCUCAAUUGGCAGCUUCUGAUCAGCUUUCAGAUGCAUGAUACAUAG